CAUCGUCAUUCCCCGGGAUCGAAUGGGUUGAACCGCCGUGGCUCAUCUCUCGGUCGUCAAAAUCGUAAUCGACGAUGAGGCAAGAGACUUCUCAAUGCAAGUUCUCAUCCCAAGCUGACGCGACGGCUGCGCUGUCGACAUGGGCCUCUGCGGCUGACAAAUGGUUCACGACAAAUCGUGUAAAGUGCAACAUUGAGAAGACGGUUGUGAUGUGUGCGACCCCAAAUGAGCAAAGCCUCGAGAGGACCAACCUUCAGGUUGGAGCAUCGUCUCUCCCUCCCUCAGCGGAAUGUCGACACCUAGGCUUGACCAUUGAUUUCCAACUCACCCUAGCUUCACAUGUUCGUGCGGUAUGCAGGAGCGCACGGUACCAUCUAUGGAGAAUCUCAAGAUUUCGUCGAUCUCUUGACUUUACGUCGACAAAGUGCCUGGUGAAUUCUCUCGUAAUAUCCUGCCUGGACUACGCUAACUCCCUUUUUUUCUGGUUUACCUGAAAAACUGUUGGAUUGUUUGCAAUCGGUCCAAAACGCUGCCGCUCGUCUGAUUUGUGCUGCUGGCAGGCGAGACGAUCCUCGUCCUCUCCUCAAGCAACUAUACUGGCUACCCAUCCGUGAGGAAAUCGUUGCUAAGAUCUCUACCAUUGUGUUUCGAACCUUUAACGGAUUAGCCCCUUCAUACUUGGUCGACCAAUUAAGUAAACGAAUUCAGAGCCGCCCGGGUCUACGUUGGCGUCAAGAAGAUGCCCUUGCUCUAGAAAUGCCCCUGGCUCGUUGUGCUCGUUACGGUGAUCGAGCCUUCUCGGCAGCAGGACCUAGAAUUCGAAAUUUUUUACCCGACAACGUGAAGUGUUCUUCCUCUCUGGUUGAUUUCAAGUCGUGACUCAGGACCUAUCUGUUCUCGCGUGUGUACUAUGUGAAUAAUGCCAAAUAACUGUAAAUGAUUUCUUUUGUUGACUGACUGUACAUCCUGCCUUUAGAUUUAUCUCGUCUGGCGCGACACUUGAUCUAAUUGGAAAGUGCGCGUAACAAAUACAAAAUAAUAAUUUAAAAAAAUAAUAACAUCCCAACCAAAGGUGUGACCAAUUGACGUAGGUCACAUGACGUCAGAUUUUGUCUGACUUUGUCUGGCGUCAUCUGACCUUCGUUGGGCAGACAAAUCCACGGACAAUUGUACUGUAGCAGACAUUAUCUUGACUCAAAUGCUGCGUUACCGCGAUGGUAACAAAUGUUUAAAAAAUAUGUCGAACAGCCCUAUCAGGAGUAUGGAGAGACAUCUUGGCCCUAUUCUGGAUCUUUCGUGUCCCUUUGAUUCUUUUUUUAGAAACAACCCCCACAAAAAUGAAAAGGUGGAAGUGGGUUAGGCCACUUGAAUGGUGGACUGCUUGUUAAAUCAGAGACAUGCCAUUGUUGUUCCAUUCUUAAAAUCAAACAAUUGUUUUUUUUAAAUUAUUAUUAUUAAAUCGGAGGUUGAAUUAAGAAUACAAUCACGUAAUUCAUUUUAAGGUGUGGUAUGAAUCCUAUCUAUUGAGUCAUUGACCUUAUGCUUCAUUAUUUUUUUUAUGUCCUAUUACACGAAGACACGAUCAUAUUCUACGAUAGAAAAUAUAGACGCAACUUCGAAAAUUCAUUUUAGAAAAUUGAAAUUACGUCUUUCUCGUCAAAUCACUACAAAUAAAACGAACACCAAAAAUUGGAUUCCAGUUUGUUUUAAUUUUUAGUUGUCCCGCAUACAAAUGCUAAUUACAAAACUAGCUCUUUUACUAUUCAAUUUCCUUUCAUUAUUGGUUGUGAACAUCAGCCACGGAGGCGCUGUUUGAGGAAAAAAUUAGUGAGCUACGUAGUCAUCUGCUCUAAUGUACAAAACAUAUUUCAAACACCACACCACACCAGUCUCUCCUUCUCAGACUGUACAUUCGUCUGCUAGUGUUCGCAUUGAAUUUGUUAGUCUCAACUCUCGAGUUCAAUUCGGAUUCAAUCUAGUAUUCGAUUAUGUUAUAAACCGGGUUUGAUAUUUUGGUUAAUUCCUUUUUACAUUAAAACUAUUGUAUCAUUGGCCUACUCUGAUUUCAAAAUGACGGAAAGUUACCAUGGAUUGGAUGUUGUUGACUACGUCAUUUUGUCCACACUGCUUCUCAUCUCAGCAUCUAUUGGAGUCUAUUAUCGAUUUUCUGGAGGAAAGCAAAGAACAACUAAGGAAUAUUUACUGGCUGACAGAAACAUGUCUUUUAUACCAGUUGCAUUUUCUUUGAUGGCUAGUUUCAUGUCGUCGAUUACCUUACUAGGAGUUUCGUCAGAAAAUUAUGUGUAUGGCACUCAGUUUGUUGUGAUCAAUCUGGCUUACAUAAUCGGUACACCUUUGGCAGCAUAUUUUUAUUUACCAGUUUUUUACAAGCUGCAAAACGCAAGUGUGUACAAGUACCUAGAGUUGAGGUUCGGAGUCGCAACACGAUUGGUUGCUAGCGUUGCAUUUGUAACUCAGAUGGUACUCUACAUUGGCAUAGUUUUAUAUGCACCUGCCAUUGCCCUGAAUGCAGUAACCGGAUUGAACAAAAUUGCCUCCAUAAUAGCUGUUGGAGUGGUUUGCACUUUUUACUCCACCAUUGGCGGAAUGAAAGCCGUUCUCAUCACGGAUGUUUUUCAAUCAGUUUUGAUGUUCGCUUCGGUGAUUUGCGUUGGUAUUAAAGGAACAAUCGAUGCCGGUGGAAUGGAUAAAGUCUGGGAAAUCGCCAACGAAGGUGGCCGGAUUCAGUUCAACGACCUUCGGGUCGAUCCGUCAGUUCGGCACACGCUGUGGACGCAGUUGAUCGGUGGCAUCUUCACGUUUGUUUCACUCUACGCCGUCAAUCAAACACAGGUCCAGCGGCUUUUGACUGUCAACAGUUUGCGUAAAGCUCAAAGAUCAUUGUGGUUGAACUGGCCAAUUCUGACCGCCCUAAGUUUGACUACAUCGUACGCCGGCAUUUCAAUGUACUCGCACUACGCCAAUUGCGACCCUCUGCUGGAGAAACGCAUCCGCUCCCCCGAUCAAUUGUUACCCUAUUUCGUCGUGGAUACGAUGGGGCAUCUGCCCGGAGUAGCCGGAUUGUUCAUAGCGGGCAUCUUUAGCGGCUCUCUGAGUACAGUCAGCUCUGCUCUAAAUUCAUUGGCCGCCGUUACCGUCCAAGAUUUUCUUGUCCCAUGUUGUUUCAAGAAGACAUCCGACUCUCGCUUGACUUGGAUUACCCAGCUGGUGGCCUUGUUGUACGGUGCCAUCAGCAUUGCCAUUGCCUUCGUCGCCGAAUAUCUGGGCGGUGUCCUGCAAGCCUCGUUGACUAUUUUCGGCGUCGUGGGUGGACCGCUACUCGCCUUAUUCACCUUGGGAAUGUUUUCCACCGUCGUCGAACAAAAGGGUGCUCUGACGGGAUUGAUUUCCGGCCUAGUGUUUAGUUUGUGGGUUGGUUUCGGCGGUCCGAAGCCUCCGAUUCCUCGCCUUCCGCUGAGAAACGAUGGGUGCUCUUCGUUCCUGAAUGCCACCGACUAUUCCUCGAGCGACCAGUUGCUUUUAACCGUUUCUACUUCACCUCUGCCGACAUUGCCAACGCCAACGGAAGAUGACUACUUUCCACUGUAUCGCAUUUCGUACAUGUGGUACGCGCCUUUGGGAUUUCUCGUGACGAUUCUCGUCGCCCAGGUCGUCAGCCGGAUCGUCAACGCUUACCAGCAAAGUCGCAGCACGUCCAGUCUCAAAAAGAUCAACGAAGAAUUACUCAGCCCCAUGUUCCCGCAAUGUUUCCGCACCGCUCGUCACCUACCAGAUCCGAUUUUAUUGUUGACACCUCGGAAUGAGAACUGCGAUGAAAAAAGUCGUCAAGAACAAACCUUGGAAAGUAUCUGAAGAUGUCCGGUGGUAAAAAGAAAUUAUAAACCAAAAAGAAAUCUCUGGAUGAAAUCUCAGAAAAUCCAUUUAGUCGAUUAUUAGAAAUAAUUCAAUAAAAUCAUGUUGAUUUGUUUAUGUUAACGCACAAGCUACACAACUUAAAUAGUUGAAUCUUGUGUAGUCAAGUGCAAUAGUAUAUCUAUGUUAUUUAGAUGAGACUUUUAUGUAUUCAAUGUAAAUUGAAUGUUGUAAUCUCAAAAAAGCUUGUUAAGAAAAGGAAAAAAGAAGAACAGUGGCUUUUGUUUCAGUCCAGCCUUGUGUAAUUUCACAUAUCAAUGGAGGGUACAAGCAACUAUAAAAACCGCCGUGCUUCCGACUACGUGUCUAUCAAAUUCAAAGUCUGUUCAAUAUGUUUUGUUGGCAUUAUUUUAAUGGUCGAUUCAAUUGAUUAUGCUUGCUCAUGUUGUAUACGUCGGUGUACGUUAACCGUCAUCUCUAGUUCGAUGUUUAUUACACGUUUAUGCAUCGU